AUGCAUCUACGCAGAUUCUCUAUUGCGGCCAUCUCUACUGUGGUGGCAUCCGGGGCUUGGUAUGCAUAUCAAGGGGACGGUACCGUGCAAUCAUUGGCAACGCAAGUACGAGGGUUUGCCUCGAGCGCAAUCUCAUCAGCCCAUGCUGAGUCUCCAUCGGAAUCGACUCGGCGCGCCCUUCUUGUGAGCAAUAACCAUUUCUACACCGAACCUCUGGCAGCAGACGAGCCUUUGUCGAAGAAUACAGACGACUCGGAUCGACGUGUCCUCGAAAUGUUGACUCCGGAACAGGCCACGGAGAAGCUUCGCAAGAAUGAGGAGUCAUAUUUGGUCAACAGAGGGAAAGGGGUGGUCCGGUACGACAUAGUUCAGGUGCCUAGCAACUCUCCGAUCGAGGAUGAUCAUGCGGAGAAGAUUGUUGAGGUAUCAUCGUCUGCUUGGGGCAAUACCGAUGGGGAGCCAAACAGCGAUUGGAUGUUCUGGGCGGUCUUUGAUGGUCACUCGGGUUGGACGACUUCUGCGAAACUUCGAAAUGUGCUCAUAUCAUACGUCGCGCGAGAGCUGAACUCCACAUAUAAGGCAGCGGCAGCUGACCCGAAGGUUAUGAUGCCUUCUUCUGAAGCCAUUGAUAAGGCUAUCAAGCAGGGAUUUGUUCGUCUCGAUAAUGAGAUUGUUCACGAGAGUGUGGAUAAAGUUCUGAAAUCAAAGUCUCGUCGCAUGGCUGCCGAGCUCCUCGCCCCUGCCCUUUCAGGGUCUUGUGCCCUCCUCAGUUUCUACGACUCGCAGACCAAGAAUCUCAAGGUUGCCGUUGCGGGUGACUCUCGUGCUGUUUUGGGUCGCCGAGGUGCUAAUGGCAAAUGGACGGCCACUGCUUUGUCCGAGGAUCUGACUGGUGGAACCCCGUCUGAAAUCCAACGCUUGCAGCAAGAGCACCCUGGUGAGCCCUAUGUUACGCGUAACGGUCGCAUUCUGGGUGGUCUUGAGCCCAGCCGCGCAUUUGGCGAUGCAUUCUACAAGUGGAGCAGAGAGGUCCAGGAUACGAUCAAACAGCAGUUUUUCGGCCGAACACCCCAUCCUCUUCUCAAAACUCCCCCCUACGUCACCGCCGAACCUAUCAUCACUACGACCAAGAUUGACCCUGAGCAAGGCGACUUCAUCGUCAUGGCCACCGACGGUCUGUGGGAAAUGCUCAGCAACGAGGAAGUUGUCGGCUUGGUCGGCGAGUGGCUGGAGCACCAGCAGUCUAGGGGCGGUGGCUCCAAGGCCUGGUUGCAGAGCUGGUUCAACACUCAGAAGCAGUUGCCCGUCGAACCAGCCAAGGAUCAGUCCACAGAAGGUCAGCGCCGACCCAUUCGUCAACGCCAAUAUGACAUUGCGGAUGUAGCCAGCCGAUUUGUUGUUGAGGAUAAGAACGCUGCCACUCACCUUGUUCGCAAUGCCAUGGGUGGUAAGGAUAAGGAUAUGGUUUGUGCUUUGUUGACGUUGCCACCUCCAUACUCUCGUCGAUACCGUGACGAUAUCACCGUUGAGGUCAUUUUCUUUGGCAAGGGACCGGAUUCCCGCACAGGAACAGUUGAGAUCAACAAGGAGGCCAGUGCUUCAGAGGAAGCUCCUAAAGCGAAACUCUAG